AUGCUUCUCAAGCAUUUCCUCCUCACUGCCCUCUUCUCCCUCGGCUCCGUCACAGCCAACCCUGAGGCCAACCCCGACAACGUCGAGGUCGAUGCCCGGGACGUCGAGGUCGAGGCCAGGGGCUUCGACAGUGACUUUGACUCGCGCUCCGACAUCCGCCGCCCCAACUGCGGCCGGGAUGCCUUGUGGGACCAGUGGAAGAAGCAGUGCCUCUGCAACAAGCGCGACCAAAAGUACGACCAGCACAGCAAGAAGUGCUACUGCCCCGACGGCAAGAGCUGGAACGGGCGCCGGUGCGAGUACUCUUGCGGCCGUGACGCCUCCUGGAACGAGAGGUCCAACAAGUGCGUCUGCCACAAGCAGGGCAUGAAGUUUGACUCGUUCAGCAAGAAGUGCGACUGUUCCGGUGGCCGGGUGUGGAACGGUCGCAAGUGCGAGUACAGCUGCGGCCGCGAUGCCUCUUGGAACGACAGGUCCAACAAGUGCGUCUGCCACAAGCAUGGCAUGAAGUUUGACGUGGACAACAAGAAGUGCUACUGCACCGGCGGCCAGGUCUGGAACGGCCGCAAGUGCGAGUACAGCUGUGGCCGCGACGCUUCCUGGAACCACAGGUCUAACAAGUGCGUCUGCCACAAGCAUGGCAUGAAGUUUGACGUGGAAAACAAGAAGUGCUACUGCACCGGCGGCCAGGUCUGGAACGGCCACGAAUGCAAGCAUGACUGCGGCAAGGAUGCCCUCUUCCACCACAAGUUCGGCAAGUGUGUCUGCCACAACCAUAACCUCGACUACAACCGCCACAACAAGCGCUGCGAGUGCCCCCAGGGCAAGUCGGUUGACCGUCAUACCGGCAAGUGCUACCGCAAGUAA